UGAUCAUUUAGUACAAGACAGAAGGGAUUACCGGUGCCUGACCACAGAUGGUUUCUGUCGUAUUCUCAGCAGCAGGGGUUGAGAUAUGUAAACCGUACGCCCCUUGGAAAGGAGCCAGGCAAACACGAAACAAACGUAGGUGUAUGGGCGCCGUAACCAGCCACGUGUGACAAUAUACACGCAGUAAUUGCGGCUACUAAAUUUAGGAGGACAGAAAGUAAGCACUGGACUCGACUUGUCUUGUGUUGUGUUGUGUGCCAGGAAAACGCCCCUUUUUGACUGAACGCCGUUCUGUGCAACUGUGGCAAGACUCAAGCAGGGGCAAGCAGCGGCUGUGACGAGAGGUCAAGGCCCAACGGCAAGGUCGCAUAUCGGGACCGGCACACUCACGGAGAAGGAACUAACGGAUUCAAUCAAGACCCUGUCCUGCGUAUUUUCGCCCUGCCAGCUCGGCGACCUUUCCUGGUUCGAAGAUUUAUAGGGAAUUGCUGACAAUCCACAGCAGGUGGUGCCAGGUACACGUCGAUCGGCUGAGAGCCAAGUUGGUCGCACCGCACAAACCAAGGGUCACAAACUGCGUGUUUUAGCUAUUUCAUCAGCAAGAGGUUGCGUAAACGUCUAUACAUCGCCAUGGAUGGAAAGGGGAGGUUUCUCCUUGUGGCGGCCAUAGGGCUGGUGGUGGGAGUUGUCCUCGGGGUGGUGAUCGGUUAUUUCUCCCGCCAGGCCGGCUCGGCGCCCUGGGCGGAGGAGCUGGUCAGGGACGGGGACGACUCGGUGGGCCGGAGGGUGCAGGAGGAGAUACUGCCGGAAAACAUCGAGGCAAACCUCAGGAGGCUGACGUCGGUGCCGCACAUCGCGGGGCGGCCGAUGGACCUGGGGCAGGCGGAGGAGCUGCGGGACCGGUGGCUGCAGUACGGGCUGGACUCCGCGCGCCUGACUCCGUACGACAUCCUGCUGUCCUACCCCAGCAGCGACGAUAACAGCCCGAGCCGAGUGACGCUGAUGGAGGCUAACGGGACGGUAGUCAUCCAGUCGCAGGUGGAGGAGGCUCCCCUGGACGAGUACCAAACCGACCCGAACAUCGUCCCGCCGUUCAACGCCUACUCAGGCUCCGGAGACGUGGAGGGGGAGCUGGUGUACGUAAACUAUGGCAGAGUCGAGGAUUUCUUCCAUCUCCAACGCGACCUGAACAUCGACCCCGCGGGGAAGAUCUGUAUCGCCAGGUACGGCAGCAUCUUCAGGGGAGACAAGGCGGAGAAAGCCGAGCAGUUCGGGUGCCUGGGCCUCAUCAUCUACUCGGACCCCGCGGACUACUCCGCCCGGGGCUAUCCCGUGUACCCGGACGGGUGGAUGUUGCCGCCCUCCGGCGUGCAGCGGGGAACGCUCAUGAUCGCACAGGGCGAUCCUCUCACUCCAUUCUAUCCUGCAAACGAGUACGCAUACAGGCUGUCUGAGGAAGAAGCUAAGGUAGUGUCGGGACUUCCGACUAUCCCCGUUCAUCCUAUCGGCUUUGGGGUCGGCAUAGAGUUACUGAGAUACUUGGGAGGCAACGAGGCCCCUGCGGAAUGGCGGGGAGACCUGAACAUCACCUACCGGACAGGACCAGGGUUCCAACAUCCGCAUACGGGCAGGAGAGUGCGGCUUCAGGUCAACGUACAAAACGAGGUCAAGAGGACAUACAACGUCAUCGGCAUCAUCGAGGGCAGCGUGGAACCAGAUCGGUACGUGAUCAUGGGAAACCACAGGGACGCCUGGGUGUUCGGAUCCGUGGAUCCUUCCAGUGGAAGUGCAGUACAAGAAGAGGUCGCUAGGGCCUUUGGAAAACUGAAGCAAGAAGGUUGGCGCCCACGCAGGAGCCUUGUAUUUGCCAGCUGGGGCGCUGAGGAGUAUGGCUUGAUCGGCUCUACCGAGUGGGUUGAGGAGUACAGCAAAGUACUGAGUGAACGGGCUGUGGCUUAUCUCAACAUAGACAUAGCCGCCCUCGGUAACUUUACGUUCAGGAGCAUUGCGAGUCCCGCCAUGUUUCAGUCUGUGUUCGACGCCACGAAAAAGGUGCCGGACCCGGCCGUCAACCCCGCAGGCAGCAGCUACAACUCCGUGUACGACUCGUGGGCGGCAAAGCUCCCCAAAGACGCGGGGAAUCCUAACUCAGUACCAACAAUCGGCCAGCUGGGGUCCGGGAGUGACUACACGCCGUUCUUCCAGCAUCUCGGCAUCUCGUCUAUAGACAUCCGCUUUAUUUGCGAUCCGGCCGUCAUUAGCUACUACGCCCUGUACCACUCCUCAUACGAGACCUUUGACCUCGUGAAGAAGUUCAUCGACCCUGAGUUCAAGGUUCACCAGGCCGUUGGUCGGGUGUUAGCGGAGAUGGCGCUGGACCUGGCCGACUCGCUGGUCCUCCCGAUAGACCCCACCGCGUACUCCACAGCCCUACAGGACAUCGCAGCGUCCGUCAGGACGGAAUACAGCACGCAGUUCGCUGAACAGGGCAUCUCACUGGACCAUCUGAACUCCGCUGUGGACAACUUCACAAGCGCAGCCCAACGCUUGAAACGCAGGAUGGCGGACAUUGACAGGAAGAACCCGUUGGCUGUCCGUGUUGUAAACGAUCAGCUGAUGCAGUUGGAACGAGGCUUCAUCGAUCCGCUAGGCCUGCCGGGAAGGGAAUGGUACAGGCACGUCGUUUACGCGCCCAGCGCUCACAACUCGUACGCUGGCCAAGCCUUCCCGGGAUUGGCUGACGCCAUGUUCGACAUCGAGAACGCAGUCAAUCAGACCGCUCGUUGGGAGGAGGUGAAGAAACAGCUGGCUAUCACCACGUACACUGUCCAAUCAGCUGCCACAGCGAUAGAGGAAGGCGGCUUGUGAUGGCCCAUCAUCUAACUACAUAGAGUUGUACUUGUAGUUUGUUGUCCAUACCUAAAAAAACCUUCAGUUUCUUUUCAUAUGUGUAGUGUGUGCUAGCAGAUAAAGUCAACUCACACUACAUCUUCAAGCUACAUUCUGAAUUAAUCCGUUUCAUCGAAAGCACCAUACCAUUGAUCUGAAGCGCGCACAAGUUCAAUAAAGUACAAUCGACCCCGCCACUGAGGUGUCACCAAAACAUGGUAACAUGGUGUUAUACAUGUAUUUUGAUAUAUGCCCUUACUUUGAUUAUAUAUUCCCCUAAAGUGCCCCAACAGGGGCUAUAUGGGGGUGUAGCCGGGGCUUGUACAACAUCCUAGAGCCCCGGCAAAGAUGAAGAUGAAGAUAUAUGAUGAAGGGUUUAUUUUCUGUUGGUUGUACUGCCUUUGAAGUAGCGGUUGAUUUAAAAUGCUUAGUAACAUUUCUAGUUGCUGAGGAUUUUCAACGAUUAGAGUAUAGAAUUGACCAUGACUUAAAUGAAAAGCGGCCAGAAGACU